GCGCUGACGUUCACAGUAAAUAGAUGAUAGGGCCUUCACUUGCCAACAGGCAAGGCCUCUGCUCGACAUCUGGCUCCACGCUUACCUUCAGAAGGGAGGUGCUGUGGCCCCGUCAGAGGAAUCAGAGAUUGCAUGAAAUCAGACAGAAACGUGCGCAACCUUGCUGCUCGAUCAAAGCAAGAUGGUGCAUUGAUAUCAACUAUGGGGUCAAGCUCGAUGCUGUAGCACUCCUGCAAGAAUGGGUGACGCAAAUUGGGAGUCAAGCCGGACUGGACUUGUCAAGAACUCAAAUACUAAGUGGCGCGAUUGGUGUUCCAGAAUCACGUCUGGUGAUGGAGGUAGAUUUUGACACGCUAGCAGAGCUGGAAGCCUUCUGGUCCAGCAUCCCCCAGCAAGAUCACAAGGCCUGGAGCGAAAGGGCUCGGAAUCUGAUCAUCAAUGGCUCUCCCCAAUGGGAGGUGUAUCGAUCAGUACCUGUGAGCACUGAGGGCACAUCUGGGACGCAAGCAAUUCAGUCAGAGCCGUCCAGCACAGGAAGGAAGAACUCUGCAGCUGCAGCAUCGGCUGAAAUGUCUGCUGCGACCGCUGGCGGGCUGAUCCUUAAUACCAAGACCUUCACAUUUGAGGAAAAGCCAGGCUUGACAGGGGGAGGUAACAGUGAAGCCGAGCCUGAGAAGGGAAGAGGACAGAGCCAGGAUGACGAUGGCAAGCGGGUGAUCCUUGACUGGAAGGGUGACCCCAUGACCAUCAACCCUGGGGACAAACUGCCAUUCUUCUGAGUCUGCCCGGGCGGCAUUGCGGUUUUUGUAGGAACGAUAGCGUGCAUGAGAGUGCAAUUUCUUGAUCAGAUGGUGAUGCGAACUGCAGCUCAUAGACUCAUCGUUUGCGCGGUGCCCCACCCACUCAAACGGUACAAAGCUUUGGUCUUAAAAAUUUUAUAAAUAAGAUAGUUCUCAGCACCUAGGCCUUGACAAUGUCUGUGCUCAACCGGUACCUUGUGAAGUGCUGACCGGACUAUGAAGCUUGUCUCCAGAGCUUUGGCGUACAAAGGAAAAUGACAGGGACCAAUACGGUGCCAUAUAC